UGCAACACGUCGUAGCUUAAAGGUCGCCAAAAUGGCAUUUCGUGUUCACCAUAUGAACCUGAGCUUACCAACAACAACUAGUUGUGUUUCUUCAACAACCCAGUUCGGUUUUGCCUUGAAACCCAAGAGUUUAACGUUUGAACAACCCAAGAGGCUUUACUUCCCACUUCGUGCAAUGGGUUCAUCUGCUUCUUCCCCAGACCGCACCACUCAAGAGGCCGGUGAUUAUAAGUCUGUAAGUAAUGAGGAAUGGAAAAAGCGGCUUACAAAGGAACAGUUUUACAUUACUCGUCAAAAGGGAACAGAACGGGCGUUCACUGGGGAAUACUGGAAUAGCAAAACUCCCGGAAAUUAUCAUUGCAUAUGUUGUGAUACCCCUCUUUUUGAAUCAUCAACUAAAUUUGACAGUGGAACUGGUUGGCCAUCUUACUACCAGCCGAUUGGAAACAACGUGAAGUCCAAGUUAGACUUGUCCAUUAUCAUCAUGCCCCGCCAGGAAGUUCUUUGUGCAGUUUGUGAUGCUCAUCUUGGCCAUGUCUUUGAUGACGGUCCACCACCGACAGGAAAGCGUUAUUGUAUCAACAGCGCUUCCCUGAAACUGAAACCAAAGUAGGAGUCGGCUCGAACAAAAUUCUUACAGAAGAGCAACGCUUGUAUACACGCAUGCCACGGUGCCGCCCUAUCACAUAGUAUGCUAGUCAAUUGUGGACUUGACUUCACAAACUUAUAUAUGUAUACUAUGAGAUUGUAAGUAGGUGUAGUCCUGUUCACGUGAUAAAUAACUGAUAUCCAUGUUCGUUAAAUCGCUAUGAGCUCAUAUGCUCUACUUCAUU